AGUUAUUGCAUGUGUCAAGUUGACGUGAGUGAGAGCUAAUUUUCAAAUUAAUUUUACAAUGCGUUAUUUACACAAAUUUUUAGAUCUAAACAGAAAACUGAAUAUAAAAACAUUACAAAAAAUGUUCCCUUAUCCAGAAGCAAUAAGAGACGAAAAUGUGGUGGACGAUUAUUUUGGCAUUAAAGUCCCAGACCCAUAUCGAUGGCUGGAAGAUCCAGAAACCGAAGAGACCAAGAAUUUUAUUAACCAGCAAAAUUCUGUUACUGACCCUUUUUUAAGGAGCUGUCCUUACAGGGAUAAUAUUAAAAGAAAAUUGAUUGAGAUAUGGGAUUAUCCGAAAUUUUCAACUCCUUUGAAAAGAGGGAAAAAAUAUUUUCAAUUCAGGAACUCCGGUUUAGAAAAUCAAAGUUCUCUCCACAUAUUCGACGAUCUCAGAGCUGAUGGUACAGUUUUACUGGACCCAAAUCAAAUGGCAGAAGAUGGUACUGUUACAAUUUCGGAAAUUGCAAUUUCGGAAAACCACCAAAUUUGCGCGUACAGCCUCAACGCUAAAGGUUCCGAUUGGGCUGAAAUCAAGUUUAAGGAUGUUUUAUCCGGCAAAAACUAUGAUGAAGUUCUAACGAAUGUCAAAUUUUCAUCUAUGACUUGGAUGCAUGAUAACGUUGGGUUCUUUUAUGGAGCUUACUUGGGAGAAUCAUUUACUACAGAAGGUUCAGAAACAGAACAAAUAGCGCAUCAGAAAUUGUACUACCACAGAUUAGGUACUGAUCAAUCAGAGGAUAUUGUUGCAGUAGAAUUUCCCGAAAAUCCUGACUACAUUAUCGGUGCUAGAGUAUCGCAUUGUGGUAAAUAUUUGGUAGUAAUGCCCUCCAAAGGUUGCAAAACAAAUUUGCUUUACUAUGCUGAACUUCCAACAACUGUAACAGAUAAAUUAAAGUUAAGACCACUGGUAACCGAUUUUGUGGCCGACUUUAGUUACGUAACAAACAAUGGAACUCAAUUUAUUGUACUUACUGAUAAAAACGCUUCUAAUGGAAAAAUGGUGAUCAUAGACAUUCAAAAACCUGACGAAGACAACUGGAGAAUUUUGGUGCCAGAACAUGAUCAAAACGUUUUGGUUUGGGUCAAACCUAUAGAUAAAGAUAAAAUGAUGCUUUGCUACAUGAAGGAUGUAAAACAUGUCUUACAAUUGAACGGUUUGAAUACUGGGGAGAAAAUUUUGGACAUACAAAUGGACAUGGGUACCAUAGAAAACGCCACUGGCAGAAGAGAAGACAACCAAAUAUUUUACAGUUUUACUUCAUUUCUAACUCCAAAACUAAUCCACAAAGUAACGCUCGAAACUAACGAAGUCAUAAAAAACGAGGUCAUACAAGAAAUCAAGAUAAACAACGAAUCUCUAAUGGAAGAUUUUGAAACAAAACAAGUUUUCUAUAAAAGUAAAGAUGCAACCAACAUACCAAUGUUUAUUAUACACGCUAAAGAUUUGGAGUUAAAUGGUAGAAGUCCUUGUCUUUUAUAUGGUUAUGGAGGAUUUAAUAUUAACUUAACGCCAAGCUUUUCUUUGGCAAGGUUGCUUUUUAUCAAAAACUUUAAAGGUGUUGUGGCCAUUGCCAAUAUUAGAGGUGGAGGUGAAUAUGGGGAUAAAUGGCAUUCAGCUGGGAGGACUGACCACAAGCAAAAUUGCUUUGACGAUUUUCAGUACGCAGCUAGAUACUUGAUAGGCUCUAAAUAUACUUGUCCUGAAAAAUUGGCUAUUCAAGGGGGGUCAAAUGGUGGGCUCUUGGUGGCCGCUUGUAUAAAUCAAGCCCCUGAGUUGUAUGGGGCUGCUUUGGCCCAUGUGGGGGUUAUGGAUAUGUUGCGGUUCCACAAAUUUACCAUUGGUUACGCAUGGAAGACUGACUAUGGUUCCUCAGAGGACCCCAACAUGUUCCAUUACCUUUACAAAUAUUCCCCUUUGCAUAACGUUAAAGUUCCAGAAAAUGGCGUGCAAUACCCGGCAACCAUGUUGCUCACGGCCGACCACGAUGACAGAGUCGUACCUCUGCACUCCUAUAAGUACAUUGCAGAGUUGCAAAACAAAAUUGGCAGCCUACCGUACCAGAAAAAGCCCCUUUUGAUCAAAGUCGAAACGAAAGCUGGCCACGGAGCCGGCAAACCGACCACCAAGAAAAUCGACGAGUUAACCGAUGUGUUUUGUUUUCUCUCCAAUGUUUUAAAAAUUAAAUUUUAUGAAUAAACUUCAGAA